GCGAAAUAGCAACACACCUACAUCGAGGUGAAGGUCGACCACGGUUUGGUGUUGAGCUGAAAUGGCGUUCAGUGGAAGAAUUUUAGUAAAAUCUCUAAAUCUAGGCGAUUUACUAAGUGGAAAAGUGUCGACUAAUAUAUGUAAGCGAAUGUUUAGAAGACAUAUUAAUCAUAAGUCAAACAGAGGACAUGAUUUCGGAUUUUUAUUUGACAUUGAUGGCGUGAUCAAGAGAGGAAAGCGUAUUCUUCCGUCAGCCCGUGAGGCAUUCCAGCUCCUGACCGACGAAUCGGGGAAGUUUCGACUACCAGUUGUAUUUGUUACGAAUGCAGGGAACACAUUUAGACAAACCAAAGCUGACGAGCUUUCUGAACUUUUAGGAAUAAAGAUUAGUACAGAACAGCUUGUGAUGUCCCACAGUCCACUCAAGAUGUUUAAGCGUUUCCACAACAUGCACACCCUGAUCUGUGGGCAGGGGCCCAUCGAGGGCAUCGCCCGGGACCUGGGCUUCACCAACAUCACUACUGUAGAUCAACUCAGGGAACUGUUUCCAUAUUUAGACAUGGUGGAUCAUUCACACAGGAAAGUGGAGCCUUGUCCAGUUAAAUUUGCCAACUUUAAACCAAUUGAAGCGGUUGUGUUAUUUGGAGAACCCAAUCAAUGGGACUCCAAGCUACAGCUUAUCGUGGACGUGCUGGUCUGUAACGGAAUGCCCUCUCAUCUCCCCAAAGAGUUCCCCUCCACCCACCUCCCUAUAGUGGCCUGUAACAUGGACUUGUUCUGGAUGGCAGAAGUUCCUAUACCAAGAUUUGGCCAUGGAAUGUUUUUGACCUUUUUGGAAACUGCAUAUCAACAAUACACGGGAAGAGAACUGAAGUACUCUGCCUUACUCGGAAAGCCUAGUCUUUUUACUUAUCAUUAUGCAGACAACGUUCUGUGGAAACAUGCAAAGCAACUGGGAUUUAGAAGUUUGAAAUCUAUAUACUGUGUGGGCGAUAACCCCAACACAGAUAUAUACGGUGCCAAUGUUUACGACCGUUACCUGAAAAAGCGAAAGGCCCACAAAGUCCAGAAGAAAAUGAAGCGCAAAAUGGCUGCUGGAGGGGGCGGGGCCGACUUUGAAUUUGAGGAUGAUGAUGAGGAAUUAGUUUCCGAGGAAGGAGGGCAGGGCAAUUACUCCACUAGUUGUUCCUCCAUUCUGGUGUGUACAGGAAUAUUCAGCAACAGCCACACGGCAUCACAUCGUAACCACAGAGACUUCGUCCUGGACCCCGAACUCGUGAAACCGAAACACACGACAGAAAAUGUAUUUGACGCUGUACGACUCACACUUGAAAAAGAGAAAUUCUUAUGAUGAUAUUGCUAUUUAAGUGUUAAGAAAUCGAUUUAUUUGUUUUUAUUUUUAGCUUGCUCCAAGACUUUUUUUUAUAUAACUAACCACACAAUUCAUUCUCUACUUUUGUCAUCUACCAAUUUCAUCCUAGUGCCAUUAUAAGAAAUAUCACACAAGUUUUAAAUCAGGAGCAUGCAUGACUUUAUCAUAGAAGUGAGUCUGGGUCUCAUACAAGAAUCAUUUUUUGUUACGCUUCGAACAAAUUGUUUUUUCUUUUUUAGUACUGUUUUUAUUAUUCUUUACAUGCAUUAAUAGUGAUACAUUACAUGUAUUUAUUAAUUUUGUGGAUGUGAAAGCAUUCUAAAGGUAUUUAGUGUUGCAUAUACAUUUGACCCCCACUAGAUCUGCAAAAUGAAGUGUUGUGAUUUAUAAAUUUAAUAUUUAACGAAUUAAUGAUUAACAUAUUUAAUUAAUUAAAUAUUAUUAAUUAUAGCAAAUUGCUACAAGACAUUUAUAUUGUUCAGAUUUGAACAGAAAAUGAAACAAGCUUCACUUUGAAGUAGAAUGUAAGAUGGUUACUAAUGUCAAUGCAGUAAGCUUGACUUGUGUAUGCCAAAAAGUGAAGAGUAACGUGCAAUUUUCAAAGAACAAACUGACAGACUGAAUUAAUUCUUAUACAAAGCUGAAAUUGCAAAAAAGCAGAAAGGGAAUGUUAAAAUUCUAUUUAAAUGUUUGACUGCUGAAUCAAUGAUCGGGGAACUUAUUUGCUUUGUUCCAUUGUCUGUGAAAAGAAAACAAAUGUGAAAAACUGUGUGAGAAGAAAGGAAGUGUUAAUAAUGAUUGAAGAGAUAGUGCUAUUUAUAUUUUGACAAACUUGAUCCAUAUUGAAGUGGAAUACUUUUACAGAGAAUAUAUUUUCUACUGUUGCGCCAUACUAAAAGUGCUUGUAGUAAAAUAAAGCUACAUGUAUUACUAAAUGUGGAGUAAAAGUUCUGUUUGCAAAAUAUAUGUGUGUGCCAAUUUUAUUUUUUGAUUUUUCUGACAAUGGAAUCGUGAGAGCUUUAACAGAAUAAUCAAGAAACAGGUGGAGUUUUUAUUUUCUUCUACGGAAUUGUUGAGAAUUUGAAACUUGUUAUUUAAAGUGACUCAGAUGUAUUGUAGAGUCACUUAAGAGAUUAUCCAUGUGUAGUUUAGUUCUUAUUUAUUACAAUUUCUUAGUAUUUGUGACCUUGGGAGAUUUUUUAAUGUGAAGGUCAAGGUGACCUGGAUUAUGUAAUUAAAAAAUCCAUCUGCUCGAACAUCAUUACGUGACAAGAUGAUUUAAAACUUUUGAGAUGUUUGAGAUAUUUUUUGAGAUGUUUGAGUUAUUUGUUGAGAUUGUAAAGUCUGCAGGACUUUCCAACUCACUUUGAAAAAUACCCAGAGGUAGUGUGUAUUUGACUUGUCGAUGUUCAAGAUACAUAAGUUUACCUGUUUUAACUAUAAUUGUUUUUGUUUGAUUGCAAACCCUGUGUUCCUGAAUAUAAUCAUAUCAGUCAAUUUUCUCUCUCUCCCUCCCUCUCUCUUUUUUUUUGGCAGACUAUGCCUUUUCAAUAUUUGUAUAAAUGAUUCUUGUUAAUUAUAAGUACAUGUACAUGUAUUUUUUUUGUUUGUUAUCUUUUAUUUCUUUUAUUUAAUUUAAAAAAAGAAUCCAGAUUUCCCAGUGAGUUUGACAUUUGUAUCAAGUGAAUAAAGCCUUGUUAAGAAUUUAUUAUGUUAAGGGGUUAGGGUAGCAGAAUAAGUUUAUUAGUGUUAAUUAGUGUUAAGUUAUAUACAACUGUACUGUAUUUUAUUGUGUAAUCACUUUUCUAUAGAAGGUCAGUCAGUGAAGCUGAAUUGUCAGUGGAAUUUUUUUUUACUUCUACACAUACAUGUAUCACAUAUCUAUGUUUACCUACUUUCUUCCUAUUUGUAGCUAAUUCUACAGAUUUUUAUUUAGUUUUUCUUAAAAUUAAACAAGCUAAGAUGACAAUUGUAAAGAAAUGAAUUGCAACAUUGAAACUUUCCCGUUACAUAAAGUCUCCACAAAUUCAUUAUCAUUGGAUUCUCACUACAGUGUCCCAUACUUUGAUGUCAUUGAGUUAUAUGUACAUUUUUCAGCAGUCUUGAAUAUGUAAUCCAAAAUAUUUUUCCCACAUUAUUUGAGAUUUAUAUUCAUUUGGCAGACUUAAUACAUAGAUUAGUGGAGCCGUGCUAGUACAAAAAUAUGCACCAAUACAAGCACAUAAAUUCUACAGUAUUAGUCUAAAAGGAAAUGUUAUGUCUGUUAGCAGGGUGUUUUGAGUGUUUGGUUAAGCUUGGAUUUUACAUUGAUAUGUCUUUUUGUUAUCUGUGAACUCUCUGUCAUCCCCCAAACAUUUUACCUUUGUUGAACACAAGACUUGCAUCAGGAUAUUAACUUGGUGAAGAAUAAAAUGUUGAUUUAUUAUA